GGCGCAUAUGAAAGAGAAAUUUCUAGCGGAUUUGCGUAAGACUCGGGAAACGCUUACCGGUGUGGAACUUGCAAAAGCAGUUACUAAUAUGAGAAAGAGAUUAGACGAUCGUAACGUCUUAUCCGGAGAAGUCAUCCUAAACGUGCUCAUUUCAUUUAGAGAUAUACAGGAUUAUGACGCAAUGGUUCAGCUUAUCGAUGAUUUGCGAACAGUGCCCAAUCAUAAAAAUUCUAUAAAUACACCGGCUGUUCUGUUUCUUUAUGCGUUUGCUUUGAAUCGCAGACAAAAGGACGGGGAUCGUGAAAGAGCAUUAAUGGUCAUUGAGGAGGCCUUAGAGAAAAAGGAGAAUUACGUUCCUGAUAUGUUAUGUUUGUGUGGUAGAAUUUAUAAAGAUAUGUUUGUCGAAAGCCGUCAUACGGAUAAAGAGAGUUUGAACAAUGCUAUAUUCUGGUAUAGAAAGGGUUUCGAGGUUCAACCUAACGAAUAUGCCGGAAUAAAUUUAGCUACUCUCUUGGUCAUUGCAGGCAAUGAAUUUUCAAAGAGUGACGAGCUUCAGCAUAUCGGCAUGGUACUGAAUAAUCUAAUAGGGAAAAAGGGCAGCUUGUCGAGUUUAAAGGAUUAUUGGGGUGUAGCGACAUUUUUUGAGAUUAGCGUUCUCGCCGAAGAUUACUCAAAAGCUAUCAAAGCCGCAGAAUAUAUGUUUAAAUUGAAACCCCCAAAUUGGUAUUUGAAGUCAACGAUAGGAAACAUAACUCUUAUCGAUAGGUUUCGAAAAGAGAACGAGGACACGGAAAUUUCUCCCAAAGAGCAGAUUUUUAAUUUUUGGAUGGAUUAUUUCGUCGAAGCAACAAAAUCCGAAGUUGGUAAUAGCAUUAGAUUUCCGGUUGUCGUCCUGGAGCCAACAAAAAUUUUGAUGCCAAGCUACGUAAUAGUAAAUCUUGGAGCCGAAGAAAAAUCGAUUCAAAUUACAAAUUUGUGCUUGGAAAGUAUGAACCACAACUGCAAACAAGUUCACGAUUGGCUCUUCAGUGCAAAUAUGAUACGUAGUGUUAGUUUAUACAAAAGAGACGAACGAUGCAUGUUUUUAUAUGUUCGUGAAAAUUCCGAUGAUUUUCAAAUGUAUUUACCAUCGGUUCAAUGUAGACAAAGAUUUUAUGAUCUUGUUUUAGAAAUGACGCGAGAUCAAGAGGGAAUGGUUACCGAUCUAGAUGCUUAUAUGGCCGACGAUACUGCAAAAGUCAAGUUCGAGUACGAGUUGGAUGAAGAAAAUAAACGAAUUGUUCUUGGUAAAGGCACUUACGGUAUCGUUUACGCGGCACGAGAUCUGAAUACGCAAGUACGAAUCGCUGUUAAAGAAAUUCGGGAAAAAAAUCUUGGUGAUGUGCAACCGUUGCAUGAAGAAAUUAAGUUGCACAGUCAACUGAGACAUCGAAAUAUCGUUCAAUAUUUGGGCUCGGUGAGCGAGGAUGGAUUUUUCAAAAUUUUUAUGGAACAGGUUCCCGGAGGAAGUAUAUCAGCUUUACUCCAAUCAAAAUGGGGCCCUUUAAAAGAAAACGAAUCGACUAUUUCCUAUUAUACCAAACAAAUCUUGGAAGGAUUAAAGUAUUUGCACGAUCAAAAAAUUGUCCACAGAGAUAUAAAAGGUGACAAUGUACUGGUAAACGCUUACAGCGGAGUCGUUAAAAUUUCUGAUUUUGGUAUGUCAAAGAGAUUGGCUGGUUUAUGUCCAAGUACAGAAACAUUUACUGGAACUUUACAAUAUAUGGCUCCUGAAGUUAUCGACAAAGGCCAACGUGGAUAUGGAGCACCGGCUGAUAUUUGGUCUCUAGGCUGUACGGUAGUUGAAAUGGCAACUUGUAAGCCUCCAUUCGUUGAAUUAGGAUCACCACAAGCAGCUGUCUUCAAGGUGGGCUACUACAAAAUACAUCCGGAAAUACCAUCAGAAUUAUCGGAUCGAGCGAAAAAUUUUAUAUUACGUUGUUUUGAAACGAACCCCGAUAUGAGGGCGACGGCUGCCGAAUUAUUAGAAGACACUUUUCUUUCAGAAAAAAAGAAAGCCCUAAGAUUGGUUGCGCCUCCAGAUUUUAGUCGUAGUAUAUCAGUACCUGCGGAAAAACCAGAAAAACUUUUAAAAAAUGACCAAACGAAUAAUGGUCACAUUGUUAGUCCAACUCCAAUACUGGCUUCGCAAUCGGACGACAGUGUCGUACAUAAUGGAGGGUUGACAAAAUUAUGUCGAUUAAAGGAACUCAGUCCAGCACAUCUUCUUUCUCCUAUUAGCAUGCCGACUGCAAAUCUUUCAUAUAGCAGUUGUAGCACAAUAGGAACAACACCUUCGGUAGAAACAAACGUGUCCGAGACAGUCAAAAAAAAUUCUAUGACAAGAAGAAGCUCAUCGGGUGCUCUCGUAUCACCCGCAGUACAACUUACAGGCCCAUUAGUAGCAAAGGCUGAAGAGAGAGGAGAGGAUUUCUGUUUGCCGAAGAAGGAUAGCCAGAUACGAAUGACACUUACGCGAGUAUUGAGCCAAGACGAGACGAGGAUAUGUACACUAUGGAUGAAGAGCAUUCAAGUGGAUGUGGGACAAAAGUCUUUGUUAAAAAUGAACGACUUAGAAACAUUGUUAAGGGUACUUAGGGACUACAUUUCCGAACAGAACAAAGAUGCCGUGAUGGUAGCCAUUAAUAAACUAAAAGAAGAAUUGGAUUUCGAUUCAACGACUAUUAAUCAAUUACAUUUGGCCAUUUACUCGUUCCAAACUGCGGUAAACGCAGUUCUAAGAACGCACAGCAUAAAACCUCCUUGGAUGUUCGCUUUUGAUAAUCUUGUGAGAAAUGCCGUCCAAGCUGCUAUGGCAGUCUUAUCUCCAGAAUUAGGAGACAAUUUACUUGGCCAGGAGCGGUCUCGAUCAACAGGCAGCGAAUGUAUAGAAAGCGGAUCAACUUCUGGAGUUUCCACUGUCGAUUUUGUAAAGUCUCGGAAAGCUGGCGAUUCGUUUGAUAAUAAUAAAUAUUGGCACGACUAUGAGGAUCAAAUGGAGCCUAGUAAAAUGGAAAGUACGAAGUUAUUGUACGAAUUACUCGAGAGCCAGAAAGCUUAUCAGAGUAUCUUAUAUCAAGCGUUGGAGGAACAAAAAGCCCAGUUGGAAACAUUAACUGGAUUGUGCAAUAAUAUCGAUAGAAAAAUGUUUAAAAGAAACAUUGGUAUACCACAAAUAAGUAUUUUAGAUCGAGAUAACGAGUCGACCCCAGAUGCGCAAUUAAUAAUUUGGAUGCAGACAUUGAAAAUAGAUAGCGAAACCAUUGAAAGGUUCAUUCAGGAGGAAUAUAAAUUGGAAGAUAUUCUAAUCUAUCUUACGCGAGAUGAUCUACGUAGACUCAAUUUGAAAGGUGGCAUUGAACUUAGGAUAUGGAAGGCUAUAAUUGCACAUCGAAAAGAUGCACAACAAAACUAAAAAGCAAAAACUGCAGAAGAAAUUUUCUAAUCGUAGAAAUACUAAUUAUCGUACUGACUUGCUAACUUAUUCAAUAAUUGCGCAUUUGACUUAGUCAGUUAUCAAAUGCAUAAAAGAAAUUUCAUUAUAAAAGUGAAAGUGCCUUAACCAGUGAUUAAUAUUAUUAAUAUUAAAAAUAAGCCGUCUACAAUUUUUAUGGCAGCUUUUAAAUGCAACGUAAAAGAGCCAUGGCAAUCUUAUUGAGCCAAUUUAUUUUUUGUACAAAACACUAUACCAGCAAUUUCGAGAUGCGUCUUCCAUUGAUAAAAAAUAUAAUCUAUUGAUCUCCUACGAUAUAUAUUUCAUCGGUUCGGCGAUGUUCAGCGGCGAGGGUUUCGAUGUUCUCGACUUUGCGUUGCUUCUUCCUGCGUUUUAUGUUGCAAUAACGUUGGGUCUGGCCGUAGGCGCGAUCACGAAAACCCCAAAGAGGAAGA